AUGGGUAUGAAGAACCGACACCAACAGAGGCUGAAGAAGAAGGAGAUCACAGAUGCUGGAGUUCUCGGGAUGAUUCAAAGUGGAGUCUCUCUAUCCAUCUUCCCAAGGAUUAUGAGAGCUAAAACAUCGAAAGAAGCCUGCAGUAUCCUACAACAAGUGUUCGAAGGAGACUCAAAGGUGCGAACGUUGAAGUUUCAAUCUCUUAAGAGAGAUUAUGAAAAUGAAAGGAUGAAGGAGAACGAGAUCCUGAACGAAUACUUCAACAGACUCUCCGAGUUGGUGAAUCAGAUGAAGUCGCAUGGUGAUACGAUAGAAGAUCGCAGAAUUGUUGACAAAAUUCUAAUUAGUUUGAAAGCAAGAUUUGACCCAAUGGUGGUUGUGAUGGAAGAAAUUAAGGAUCUAUCAACCUUGACUGCUCAAGGGUUGAUGGGGUUUUUGAGAUCCUACGAACAAAGGAUGUUACGACAUUCUGAAAAAUCAAUUGAGAGUGCUUUUCAAUCUAAACUCAACAUUCAGCCCAACAAUGGUGAAAAUAAGCCCCAAAUACAAACUAGAGGUGAGUCUUCUAGAGGUGGCAGAUUUGGAAGAGGCAAAGGCAGAGGUCGAAACUCACGUGGCAUAUCUAGAAGAAGCACAAAUGGCGGAAGAUGGAAUGAAGCAUCAAACACUCAUGACGAGGAGGACUGUUGGAACAAAGGCAAACCGCAAUGCCAUAAUUGCAAGAGAUUCGGGCACCUUCAAAAGGAUUGUCGUCUUGCAAAUCAGCAACAUGCUUCGUACGCAGAAGGAGAAUCUGAUGAAGGAAAUUUGUUUUUUGCUAGUCAAAAAGCAUUGCAUGAAGAAGGUAAAAAUGUUUGGUAUUGGGACAGCGGCUGUAGCAACCAUAUGACCGGACAAAAGGAAGCAUUCAUAAACAUUGAUUCUUCUUUCGGCUCAAAAUUUAAAUUUGGCAAUGGAGACAUGUCGAAGUGA